AUUUAAAAUGUUAGUAGAAUUCGUUAGAAAAUUACAUUCUUUAAAAAAUGGAAAGGUCGUUAUAACUAAGGACGUAAUUAAUUAUACCAAUGAAAAAUCUGAACCAAUUUGUGAAAUUCAAAAAGAAUUAAUCAAAUACACAAAUGAAAACUUUAGUGAUAAUUAUAUGAUUACAGAUAUUGGACAAAAUCAAUUAUUUUCAUUGUUAUUAAAAGUUUUAAAUGCUAAAAAGGUAAUUGAUGUUGGAGUUUAUACUGGACUAAGCUCAUUAUCUUUUGCACUUUCAUUACCAGAGGAUGGAAAAGUUUAUGGUUUGGAUAAUUCAAGUGAUUAUAUAGAUUGUUGUAACCAAUUUUGGAAAAAAGCUGGUGUCAGUGAUAAAAUCAACCUCAUUAUUGACGAUGCCAAAAAGACUUUACAACAAUUAAUAGAACAGGGAGAAUGUGAUUUCGACUUUAUUUUCAUCGAUGCAGACAAAUUAAACUAUUGUGAAUACUAUGAAUUGGCCCUAAAACUAAUCAGAAAAGGUGGAAUUAUUGCUUUUGAUAAUGUUUUAUUUUUUGGUUCAACUGUUGUAGAUGAAAAUGACAAGGAUGAUGAAAACCAAAUUUUUUUCGAAAAUGAAGCUUUUCAAGAAUUGGUUACUUCAAUAAAGAAAUUAAAUGAUAAAAUAUCAAAAGACGAAAGAGUUAUUAAAACAAUGCUUCCAUUAUCUGAUGGUAUUACAUUAAUCACCAAAAAAUAAAAAAGUAAUAUGAUAUCUAU